AUGUCACAGCCUCAGGAUUCUGCGCAGCAGCAGCUGCAGCAGCAAGCGCAGCAGCAGUUGCAGGAGGAGCACCAGCAACAGGAGGUUGGCUGCUGGCGGUUUGAGCCCGUGACAGUUUUGGGGAGGGGGGGGGUUAUUGUGCUGACUGCAAAACGUCUCCUUUUUGCUGCUCGCAAGAGCAGCAACAGCAGCAACAGCAACAGCAACGGCAGCAACGGCAGCAGCAGCAGCAGCAGCAGCAGCGGCGAAGUCGACGACACCAGCAGCUGCUGGGAAGUGCUGCUGCAGUUCCCUCUCGUUUCCUGGACUUCAACUGAACGCUCAAAGAAAGCAGCAAAGGCGCGCAUGUCCUACGUGGCACCGGCAGCAGCAGCAGCAGCAGCAGGAGCAGCAGCAGCAGCAGCAGCAGCAGCAGAUGGGGGGUUGUCUACGCAUUCCGUUGUGGUGGACUUCAUGGGUCUCAGGGACAAAAUGGAUUUGUGCUGCCGCUCGCUUCAGACCCUCGCGUCUGCUGCACGUACACUCCAGUCUAGCAGCAGUCUCGUGUGCCCGCUCGAGGCGCCGCUGCUGCUGCAGCUGCUGCAGUUACCUCCUGGCACUCCGCUGCGCGUAGCGCCGGCGCUGCAGCAGCAGCAGGACCUGGUGAAGCAGCAACUGCAGCAGCGGCAGCACGAGCAGCAGCAGCAGGAGGAGCAGCAGCAAGCGAGAAAGGGCUCAGCAGCAAACGGGGCCGAUGCCGCCACAGCGUCUGGGUCUGCUGCCAAGCAGCUGCAGCAACAGAAGCAGCAGCAUCAGCAGCUUGAAGGUGCCCAGCAGCGGCUCGCUCGCCAGAAGGCAGCAGCAGCAACAGCAGCAGCCGCAACACAAACAGGAGCUGCCGCAACAGCAACAGCAGCCGGAAGCGAUUCAAGACCUGCAGCAGCUGCAGCAGAAUCUGCUGCUCCCGAGGUGCCCAGCCUAGAGGAGCUGAUGCAGCAGCAACGACACGAGGAGGCGGAGCAGCUGCAGCAGUUUCAGCAGCGGCUGCUGCAGCAAGACCCUGAAUUGCUUGCCCUAUACCAGACCCUUGUGGGUGCCCCUGAUGGCAACAGCAGCAGCAGCAGCAGCAAAGGCCUCUCACCCGCCGAGUUUUGGAAGCUGCAUCAGCAGCAGCUACUGGCACUGAAGCCGCAACCCACCCCUGAAGGCGUGAGCGCGUGCUUUCUGUCUCGGCCUCCUCAGUUUCAGCAGCUGCAGAGACAGCAGGGACCCGCUGGCCGGAUGCCUUCGGAUCGCUUUUGGGGUCGGGUGUUCCGGUCUCGGUAUUUCCAGUCAGGCAUUGGGCUGCUUGAAAGGCAGCACGAACCAGACAACGCAGAGGGCUCUUUCUUCAUCGCUUCUUUCCUCAAAGAAAAGCCUUUGAGCUCGCGCGAGGCGUUGUGUUUGCCUGGGGUUGAGAGGAGUCUCCUCUCGGACGCUGAUCUGCGGGUGCGGGGCUUCGGUUUGCCUGAUGGGCUGUCUUCACUUGCUGGAGACCUGGCGGAGAAACCUUCGCCGGCUGCUGCUGCUGCUUCUGCUGCUGCUGCUGCGCCGGAGGCGGAGGCGGAAGCCGCUGCUGCGGCCAGCAGCGGCAGCAGCCUCGUCGGCCGCUUUAACAAACACUCGCAACGCUUGCUGCUACAGCAACUGCUGCAGCCUGCUGCUGCAGCAGCAGCUAUCAAUGAUGAGGUGAGCCACGAAGAAAAGUUGCAGCUGCUACUGCAGCAGGAAGAGCAGCAAAGGAAACGACGGAGUGUGCGCCCAGAUGCUGCCGCUGCCAUCUUUCCAGCAGAUGUGAAGGACGCAGCAACCAUUGGCUGCGGUGUUUUGGAAGAGGAGGCGCCGUUGCUGGAGUCUUUACGCCUCGAGGAGCUCGAAGAAGCUGCGCCUACCAAGUAUCAGACGCUGGAGGUGAGCCGGCGACAGCUGUAUGCUGCGGGUGCCCGAUUGGGUUGCAAAGGCGGCUCCUCCGGAUCGGGCGCAGCUUCAACAGCAGCAGCUGCUGCUGGUGCAGCAGCAGUAGCAACAGCAGCGGGGGCGAAGGAAGCCCCUGCACCAGCAUCGGCAGCGCCUAAAGCAGCAGCAGCAGCAGCUGCUGCUGCUGCUGCGGAGGAAACAGAGCGUCUGCAGGAAGCGGGAGAAGCUGAGGCAGCUCAGGCUUGGCUGUGGCUGCAGCAGCAGCGAGCAGCAGAACGCAGCAAAGGGGCUCCACAGGCGGCUGAAGACGUCGCAGCAGUAUUCAGCACGGGGCGUUUUAUGUUCGUCUUCAAUACAAAACUCUGCCAGAAAGACAAAGCGGCGCAGUUCGCUACGCGUGAGCAGCAGCAGAUGGGGUGCAUGAAGCUGGUGCCGAGGUCCCUCGUUUGUUUCUUCUUUGCUUGCGAACAGACACAAUCCAUGCAGCUGCCGAUGGACGUCUUCUAA